GUAGAGAUCAGCAUAGCGGACAUGACGGCGCAGGUCACCAGCCCGUCUGGACAGGUGCACAAGGCUGACAUCAUGGAGGGGGAGAACAACACCUACUGCAUCCGCUUCGUACCCACCGAGACCGGUGUGCACACCGUGUGUGUGAAAUACAACGGUGUGCACGUGCCCGGGAGCCCCUUCCAGUUUACCGUCGGGCCCCUGGGAGAGGGCGGGGCUCACAAGGUCCGUGCUGGAGGGCCUGGGCUGGAGAGAGCAGAAGCUGGAGUACCAGCUGAGUUCAGCAUCUGGACGAGGGAGGCUGGUGCCGGGGGCCUCAGUAUCGCUGUGGAGGGGCCGAGCAAGGCUGAAAUUGCCUUUGAGGACCGCAAGGACGGCUCCAGUGGAGUGUCCUACAUCGUGCAGGAGCCGGGAGACUACGAGGUGUCGAUCCGUUUCAACGAGGAGCACAUCCCCGACAGCCCCUUCCUCGUGCCCGUGGCCUCGCCCUCAGACGACGCCCGGCGCCUCACUGUUGCCAGUCUUCAGGAGUCGGGUCUGAAGGUGAACCAGCCGGCAUCGUUUGCCGUCAGCCUGAACGGGGCGAAGGGUGUGAUCGAUGCCAAGGUGCACAGCCCGUCUGGAGCUCUGGAGGAAUGCUGCGUCACUGAGAUCGACCAAGACAAGUACGCAGUCCGCUUCAUCCCCAGAGAGAACGGCCUCUAUCUAAUUGAUGUGAAGUUCAAUGGCAGUCACAUCCCCGGCAGUCCGUUUAAGAUCCGGGUCGGAGAGACGGGCCAGGCCGGAGACCCUGGCAUGGUGUCGGCUUACGGAGCAGGACUGGAGGGAGGCACCACAGGAACGGCAUGUGAAUUUGUGGUGAAUACAAGCAAGGCGGGCCCCGGAGCGUUGGCUGUGACAAUCGACGGGCCCUCCAAGGUGAAGAUGGAUUGUGUGGAGUGCCCCGAGGGCUACAGGGUCACAUACACCCCCAUGGCCCCUGGUAACUAUCUAAUUUCCAUCAAAUACGGCGGUCCUUACCACAUCGGCGGAAGCCCCUUCAAAGCCAAGAUCACCGGUUCCAAGCUCGUGUCCAGCCACAGUAUGCACGAAACCUCUUCAGUCAUGGUGGACCCUCUGACCCGGGCCAUCAGCUGUUCUCAGCCGGGGGCCCCCACCCAGUCAGACGCCAGCAAGGUGGUGGCCAAGGGCACGGGCCUGACCAAGGCCUACGUCGGCCAGAAAAACAGCUUCAGUGUCGACUGCAGCAAAGCAGGGCGUAACAUGCUCCUGGUUGGUGUGGACGGGCCCAAAGUCCCCUGUGAGGAGAUCCUCGUGAAACAUUUGGGCAGCCGCAUGUACAACGUGAGCUACCAGCUGAAGGAGAAGGGAGAGUACAUCCUGGUGGUGAAGUGGGGAGACGAUCACAUCCCCGGCAGCCCCUUCCACAUUACUGUCUGAAAAUCACAAAUGUAUACCACUGUUUAAAACAACUGAAAUUCUAUCUAGAGUCGAACCGAUAAUUGUUUACAAGUCCCUCCCAUGUUACAAAUUAAGAUUUCUGGCUUUCUUGUGUGUCUUAUCUUAUUUUAUAACCUUUUUACCAACUACAAAAUAAACCCUCGCAUCAGUUUACCCUCGGCCAGAUCUCUGUUUUUCAACAAGUUUUAACAUCAUCACUGAAACCCAGUCCAGGAUUUCCCAAAGUCUUUAUGGUCAUUUCUUGUUCUUCUGCCAAUCACUUCAUUAAAUAAAGUGAGGGAGGGAUUACAAAAAGAUGCACCUUUUUUAUAUUAUGGUCAGCCAUACAAUUGUGCCUUAUGUUUUAUUUUUUCCAUUUUCAGUCAUGGACACAAGUUGAAAUUAGCAGAUUAGUCUGAAUUGUGUACAGUGAUAGGAUAGCUUAGCGUAGUGUAGCAGCAGUAGAUUGUGAGCCCAGCGCUGGAUGGAAGGUUACUGUUUACACUGGAGGAGCUACCCUUACACACAUUAAUAAUGGAUUCCCUAUGAACAAUGAGAGCACCUGAACCAUAGUGUGUCAGAAGUAGGAUUUGACAUACCAUGGCACACUUUGAUCUAAGAUCUUUAAUUGUCAGAUGAAACGCUCGGCACUGGUCCGGUCCACUUCAGCAUGUGGUUUUCAUGAUGCUCUUCUACUAACCCCAUCGUUUUACCUGCUGCUAGCGUGAUCCAGUUUUAGGCACUGCUGUUCUUAAAGCCUUAAUAUGGAUUAGAAUAGAAAGUAACCUGCUUAGAUUUAAGAAAAAGCCACAUGUAUGUGAACUAAUUUAACUAAAGCUUACUCGUGGUUUAUCUCACAUGCUUUUUGUGUGUUUUAAUGGGACACAACAUGUGAUCUGCAUGUUCAUUAAAAACGCUUUUGAUACAGGAAGCCUCUGAUUCAGAUUAAGAUCAACAUGAUGUGUUAGUGGUGGUUCACCUUCGAGUAUGGAGUAAAUUAAAAGGUUAAAAAGGGAAGUACUUAAAAAAGUUGUGUUUGACAGAAUGGCUGAAGAUGAUGUGCCAAAUGUCGUGAAAACUCGAAGACCAAAAAGAGCCACUCCCCCCACCCCCCCAAAAAACAUCCGACCNNNUUAUCUUUCCAGCUGGCUUUGUGCAUAGUCUAUCUUUCAGAACCAAAAAAUGAAUCUUGUCAUAAUAAAUAAAAAAAGCUUUAAAAGUGUUUGUAAGACAGUAUUUUCAUACACAAUAAAGUUGUCUAAGUAUU